CCCGAGACUGAGUCGUGCAAGAGAUUUAAUGUGAGAAUGAUCCUUCAGAAUGUGAACCACCAGUAACAAAAAAAACCAGAUAGUGGAGGCAGCAGCAGUGUACCCAGUUCAGGUCCUGCCGUCCAGGAGUCAACAGGCAAGAUGGCGAGGGUGUGGAUAUGGGCGUUGAUGGUGGUGGUGAUGUGGGCAGUCGUGGUGGUGCUGGGUGAUGGCCAACAACACCAGGAGCCACAGCAGGAGGAGGUGGAGGAGAAACAAGAACAGCAACAAACAAAACAACAUCCACAACAGCUGAAGCAACAAGAGCGUCGACCAAAUGUGGUGGUGCUGAUUGCAGACGACCUGGGCAUUGGGGACCUUGGGUGCUACGGUAACACCACCAUCAACACCCCAAACAUAGACAGGGUGGCGAGUGAGGGCAUACGGCUCACCCAUCAUCUCGCUGCAUCUGCACUCUGUACCCCCAGUCGUGCUGCCCUGCUCACUGCCCGCUACCCAGCACGCUAUGGUCUGGUGGGAGACAAGAGCACACCACCGGUCGUGGUACACGUCGCCAGUAAAGUUGGACUCCCUGUGGACGAAGUGACCCUCGCUAAUGCCCUCAGCGCUGCCAACUACACCACAGCUGCUGUUGGCAAGUGGCAUCUGGGCAUGAGGUGCGGGCUGCUGGGACGUGGGUGUCGGGGGCCCCAACAACAUGGCUUCCAGUCUUUCUAUGGCAUUCCUUUCACCCUUAUUGAAGACAUAGCAGGUUCCCACCCCUUCUGGAUAUUCCCCUUGGAGGACCGCUUCUACCAGAUGCUGUUAUCAUUGUGGGUGGUUAAUGCCCUGACGCUGUGCUGGCUGCGGUGGCGUCGAAGGACAAUUGCCGUGUGCAUAGGGGUGGUGACGCUCGCCCUCUCCACCAGCUGGUUCCUGCACACCCACUACCGCUUCCAUACUGCAAGAUGGUGGAAGGUGUCCCCUUGGAUGGACCAACACAUGAACGGUCUGGUGAUGCACAAUGACCGGGUGGUGGAGCAGCCACUGAAGCUGGAGGGUCUCUCACAGCUCCUGGUGGACCACUCCGUUAGGUUCAUCGCCGACCAUGCACAAGACCAGCGCCCCUUCUUCCUCUACCACUCCUUUGCUCACGUCCACACGCCCAUGUUCUCGGCCCCAGAGAUGGCGGGACGCAGCAAACACGGAAGGUAUGGUGAUAACGUUGAAGAAAUGGAUGCUGGAGUUGGAAGGAUCAUGGCUGCCCUCAAAGAACACAGCCUCGACCAGAAUACGCUCGUGUACUUCCUCUCUGACCACGGGGGCGACCUGGAGGUUGUGGGUCAGGACGGUCAGCGUGUGGGAGGCUACAAUGGACGCUUCAAGGGCGGCAAGAGAAUGGGUAGUGCCGAGGGUGGGAUCCGUGUGCCAGGAAUCUAUCGCUGGUCAGGUCACAUCCCUGCUGGGGUAAUAGGAGAUGCCCCUACCUCUCUCCUGGACAUGAUGCCCACCAUCCUUGACCUGGCUGGCCUCCCUCCCCUGCCUGACCUUCUCCCUCACCUGCCUCCCAGAGAACUGGACGGUGUGAGCAUCGCUAACUUACUGACCAAAGGGGAACAUCCGCCGUCCCGCACACUAAUACACCACUGUGGUCACGAGAUACAUUCUGUCAGACUCACUUCAGGUAACCUGGCAUACAAAAUGAAUCUGGUGGGGUACAAUUGGGAGAAGGAUAGUACACAGCAUGGCUGGGGCAUCAACACCCUCCGUUCGUGUUGGGACUUCAUCGACUACGGUUACGAGCCUCAACUAUUUAACCUCUUCAAAGAUCCAUAUGAAGAUCAUCCUAUUCCUGUUGAUUCAAUUGAGUACAUACAAGUGACCGGGAUAAUGAAGCAGUUUGUGGCCGAGUGGAAAGCGCGGGUACCAUAUCCUCCCUCACAGAUGUCGAAUGUUGCUAACACCAUGCACUCUCUCUGGCUCCAGCCAUUCCGUUCACUGUGGUAACACUUGUUUACAUUAUGACUGACCACUAGUACCAAGAUGAUAAGUCAACCUGCAGACAGAUGAACAAUUAUCAGAUCUCCCAGCUCUGUUUUGUUCAGUACAACAAACAAAACAGAGAGGAGGUGUCGUCAUCACUGUGUAUAGACUGUAGUUGCAGGCUGGCUGUGAUGUAGUACUAUACUAGUGGACUCAUACUGUCACCUCUUAAUUAAAUUCAUCCCUUUUGAGUGUUAAUUUUAUCACAUUCUUCAUCAUUUCCCAAAUGAUCAAAUAAUACUGUACUGUACUGUACUAUUUCCUUAACCUUCAUUCUCGUUACAUAAAUUAUCACAUGAAUAAAUUGUCGUGACAGUAAGUAAAUUCUGACAUUCUCAGAGUGGUCGAUCACACCUCCGUCAUCUUCCUUGCCUAGCCACAUGUGCUGGCACAUCUCUUGCUCACUUCUGAAAUUUAAAAUAAAUAAAUUUUUGGAAACAAA